AUGGCCACACCCUCCGGUGUCAUCUGUGCUCCCACGGGUGAGGUGCGAGAAUCCGGGGGGCCGCCGCCGCUGCUGCCGCUGCUGCUGCUACUCUGGCUGCUGCCCGGCCCCGCGGCGCCCCAGGAGCUGAACCCGCGCGGCCGCAACGUGUGCCGCGCGCCCGGCUCCCAGGUGCCCACGUGCUGCGCUGGCUGGAGGCAGCAGGGGGACGAGUGUGGGAUUGCGGUGUGCGAGGGCAACUCCACGUGCUCGGAGAACGAGGUGUGCGUGAGGCCGGGCGAGUGCCGCUGCCGUCAUGGUUACUUCGGUGCCAACUGCGACACCAAGUGUCCGCGCCAGUUCUGGGGCCCCGAUUGCAAGGAGCUGUGUAGCUGCCACCCUCACGGGCAGUGCGAGGACGUGACGGGCCAGUGUACGUGUCACGCGCGGCGCUGGGGCGCGCGCUGCGAGCAUGCGUGUCAGUGCCAGCACGGCGCGUGCCACCCGCGGAGCGGCGCGUGCCGCUGCGAGCCCGGCUGGUGGGGAGCGCUGUGCGCCAACGCGUGCUACUGCAGCGCCACCUCGCGCUGCGACCCACAGACAGGCGCCUGCCUGUGCCACGCAGGCUGGUGGGGCCGCAGCUGCAACAAUCAGUGCGCCUGCAACUCGUCUCCCUGCGAGCAGCAGAGCGGCCGCUGCCAGUGCCGCGAGCGCACGUUCGGCGCGCGCUGCGAUCGCUACUGCCAGUGCUUCCGUGGCCGCUGCCACCCUGUGGACGGCACGUGCGCCUGCGAGCCGGGCUACCGCGGCAAGUAUUGCCGAGAGCCGUGCCCCGCCGGUUUCUACGGCCUGGGCUGUCGCCGCCGGUGCGGCCAGUGCAAGGGCCAGCAGCCAUGCACUGUGGCCGAGGGCCGCUGCCUGACAUGCGAGCCCGGUUGGAAUGGAACCAAGUGCGACCAACCGUGCGCCACCGGCUUCUAUGGCGAGGGUUGCGGCCACCUCUGCCCACCGUGCCGCGACGGGCAUGCCUGUAACCAUGUCACCGGCAAGUGUACGCGCUGCAACGCGGGCUGGAUCGGCGACCGGUGCGAGACCAAGUGCAGCAAUGGCACUUACGGCGAGGACUGUGCCUUCGUGUGCGCCGACUGCGGCAGCGGCCACUGCGACUUCCAGUCGGGGCGCUGCCUGUGCAGCCCUGGCGUUCACGGGCCCCACUGUAACUUGACUUGCCCACCCGGGCUUCAUGGUGUGGACUGCGCCCAGGCCUGCAACUGCCACGAGGACUCGUGCGAUCCUGUCACCGGUGCCUGCCGCCUAGAGACCAACCAGCGCAAGGGCGUGAUGGGCGCGGGCGCGCUUCUUGCACUACUCCUCGGUCUGCUGCUGUCGCUGCUCGGCUGCUGCUGCGCCUGCCGCGGCAAGGACCCCGCGCGCCGGGAGCUCUCGCUCGGGAGGAAGAAGGCGCCUCAGCGACUGUGCGGGCGCUUCAGUCGCAUCAGCAUGAAGCUGCCGCGGAUCCCGCUGCGCAGGCAGAAGCUGCCCAAAGUCGUAGUGGCGCAUCACGACCUGGAUAACACACUCAACUGCAGCUUCCUGGAGCCACCCUCAGGGCUGGAGCAGCCCUCACCAUCAUGGUCCUCCCGGGCUUCCUUCUCCUCCUUCGAUACCACCGAUGAAGGCCCUGUGUACUGUGUGCCCCAUGAGGAGGCGGCAACCGACAGCCGGGACCCAGAGACCCCCACCGCCCCUGCGGAGGCGCCAGCUUCGUCCCCCGCGCCCUUGACCACGCCAGCGUCCGCGGAGGAGGCGACGGCCUUCCCCGCGUCCUCCGACAGCGAACGGUCGGCGUCUAGCGUGGAGGGGCCCGGAGGGGCACUGUAUGCGCGCGUGGCCCGGCGCGAGGCCCCGGGGCCCGAGAAGGCGGCGGCCAGCGCGCCCGCGCCCGAGACCCCCCGGAAGAAGACCCCCAUCCAAAAGCCGCCGCGCAAAAAGAGCCGGGAGGCGGCAAGCGAGCUGGGCAGGGCGGGCGCGCCCACCCUGUAG